ACAAAUGGACUUAUUGUGUAUUGUUUGCCCAGUGCUGUUUAUCCUUUAAAAGUCCACACACUGCUAAGCAAAAUCCCCAUAAAUGCUGGUGUUAAUACAACAUCUGCUGUUCAUAGUCUGAGCGAAUAUGCACCAUGCACUGCACAGCACUUGUGGCUUGUUUUCCUUGUGACAUGAAAACAGAUCCUCCUUUUCCAGCCAGGACAGUAUUCCAACCCCCUUCAGAGGCUGUCUCAAAACUGCUCUGUAUUUCUCACCAGUACAGAUUUUAGCAGUUAUGCUUUUUUUUGAGAAUACAAAGCCUAGGAGUGGUACCUCCCUAUCUCCCUCUACUAUCUAUUCUGUCAUGUUAGCUCACUGUGAAUAGGACUGAAGAGCUCCUGAAUACCUGCUAUUGACAACUUGCCGCAUACAGAAAAUGCAAAGCAGGACCAUUACUUGCAAAAGUGUAAAGAGGGAACUAAUUAUAGAGUCUCCCCAACAGUACAAGGAUGAAGCAGAGCUGGAGACAGAAAGCCCAUUGCCUGAGCCGGCAAAGCCAAAGCUCAUUGAGCCUAUUGACUAUGAGAAUGUGAUUGUGCAGAAAAAGACCCAAAUUCUGAAUGAUGCUCUGCGGGAGAUGCUCCUGUUUCCUUACGACGACUUUCAAAUUGCAACUCUAAGGAGACAAGGUCGGUAUAUUUGUUCUACUGUUCCUGAUAAUGCAGAGAAGGAAGCCCAAAGCCUGUUUGUCACAGAGUGCAUCAAAACCUACAAUUCAGAUUGGCACGUUGUCACGUAUAAAUAUGAAGACUACUCAGGAGAUUUUAGACAGCUUCCAAGCAAAGGGACCAAACCAGAAAAGCUUCCGGUACAUGUAUAUGAAGUGGAUGAAGAUGCCGACAAGGAUGAGGAUGCUGCAUCUCUUGGGUCCCAAAAGGGGGGGAUCACAAAACAUGGGUGGCUAUAUAAAGGCAACAUGAACAGUGCAAUAAGUGUGACCAUGAGGUCUUUUAAAAGGAGGUUUUUCCACCUUAUACAGCUUGGAGAUGGCUCAUACAACCUCAAUUUCUACAAAGAUGAGAAAAUCUCCAAGGAACCUAAAGGAUCGAUAUUUCUUGACUCUUGCAUGGGUGUUGUGCAGAACAACCGCGUGAGGAGAUUUGCUUUUGAGCUCAAAAUGCAAGAUAAAAGCAGUUAUCUUUUAGCAGCAGACAGCGAAGCAGAAAUGGAUGACUGGAUAAGUACACUAAAUAAAAUUCUACAACUGAACUUUGAGGCUGCUAUGCAAGAGAAAAGAAAUGGAGAGUCUCAUGAUGAUGAUGAACAAAACAAGUUUGAAAACUCAUCAUCCAGCUUGGACAGUUAUCUACCUGAAAAGAGUACAAGAGAUGCAGAAGCUAAACUAAAAAAUGAAAGCAGGGUAAAGCUCUUCACCUUGGAUUCCGACACACAGAAACUUGAUUUUUCAGGGAUUGAGCCAGAUGUGAAACCUUUUGAGGAGAAAUUUGGCAAAAGAAUUCUAGUAAAGUGCAAUGAUUUAUCUUUUAAUCUCCAAAGCUGUGUGGCUGAAAAUGAAGAAGGGCCAACAACAAACGUUGAACCUUUCUUUGUCACAUUAUCUCUGUUUGAUAUUAAAACCAACAAGAAGAUUUCAGCUGAUUUCCAUGUGGACUUGAAUCAUUCCUCUGUGAGGCAAAUGAUUACUGCUCCUUCACAGCAGCUUAUAAAUGGUGGUGGGGAUUUUGGUCGAAGAAUCCAGGGCUUUCUUCAGGAAUCCAUGCUGCAGUAUCCUAAACAGGGAAUAUUUUCAGUUACUUGCCCCCAUCCUGAUAUCUUCCUUGUGGCUAGAAUUGAGAAGGUCUUACAAGGAAGUAUUGCUCACUGCGCAGAGCCUUACAUGAAGAGCUCAGAUUCAGCAAAGGUUGCACAGAAGGUUUUGAAAAAUGCCAAACAAGCAUGCGGCAGGCUUGGGCAAUACAGGAUGCCAUUUGCAUGGGCAGCAAGAACAUUAUUUAAAGAUACUUCUGGAACACUGGACAAAACUGCGAGAUUUUCUGCACUUUAUAGACAGGACAGCAAUAAGCUUUCCAAUGAAGAUAUGUUGAAGCUGCUUGCUGACUUUAGAAAACCUGAAAAGAUGGCCAAGCUUCCAGUUAUACUGGGAAAUUUGGAUAUUCACAUUGACAACGUAGCCCCUGAUUUCCCAAAUUAUGUUAACUCCUCAUACAUUCCUAUGAAACAGUUUGAAAACAAUGCAGAGACAAUGGUGACCUUUGAAGUAGAGGAAUUUGUGCCCUGUAUACCAAAACACACUCAGCCUUUCACCAUCUAUAACAAUCAUCUUUAUGUUUAUCCAAAGCACUUAAAAUAUGAUGGCCAAAAAGCUUUUGCUAAGGCAAGAAAUAUAGCCGUAUCAAUUGAAUUUAAAGAUUCGGAUGAUGAAGACUCACAGGCCUUAAAGUGUAUAUAUGGGAGACCUGGGAACCCUGUAUUUGUGAAAAAUGCCCUGGCCUCAGUUCUGCACCAUCAACAAAAUCCUGAGUUCUAUGAUGAGAUUAAAAUAGAGCUGCCCACACAACUUCACGAAAAGCAUCACUUGUUGUUCACUUUUUAUCAUGUCAGCUGUGAUACGUCAACCAAAGGAGGCACAAAGAAGAAAGAGGUCACAGAGAGCCAAGUUGGCUAUGCCUGGCUGCCUUUACUUAAAGAUGGUCGUGUUGUGACAUAUGAACAAAACAUUCCAGUGUCUGCUAACCUUCCAGCAGGGUAUCUAGGCUACCAGGAGAUGGGCAUGGGCAAGCACUUUGGACCAGAGAUAAAGUGGGUUGAUGGAGGAAAGCCACUGCUGAAAGUUACUACUCAUUUGGUUUCUACUGUGUAUGCUCAGGACCAGCAUUUGCACAACUUUUUCCAGCAUUGUCAGAAAACAGAGUCUGGAGCUCAGGCUUUAGGCACUGAACUAAUUAAGUAUUUAAAGAGUCUGCAUGCAAUGGAAGGGCACGUGAUGAUUGCUUUUCUGCCAACAAUUUUGAAUCAGAUGUGCAGAGUUCUCACUAGGGCUACUCAGGAGGAGAUAGCAGUCAAUGUUACAAGGGUCAUUAUCCAUGUUGUUUCUCACUGCCAUGAAGAAGGGUUGGAGAGCUACUUAAGGUCUUAUGUUAAGUAUGUCUAUAAGUCUGAGCCAUUCGUCACCUCAGAAUACAAGACUGCCCACGAAGAGCUGGUUAAAUCCAUGACAACCAUCCUUAAGCCUUCUGCAGACUUCCUAACCUGCAACAAGCUCCUUAAGUAUUCCUGGUUUUUCUUUGAAAUCUUGAUAAAGUCAAUGGCCCAGCACCUGGUUGAAAAUUCAAAAGUAAAGUUGUUACGGAACCAAAGAUUUCCUCCCUCUUUUCACCACGCGGUGGAAGAGUUGGUCAAUAUGAUUAUGCCACAUAUCACACAAAAGUAUAAGGAAAAUCCAGAAGCUUCCAGAAAUGCCAAUCACAGCCUUGCUUUCUUCAUAAAGAGGUGCUUCACAUUUAUGGAUAGAGGUUUUAUCUUUAAGCAAAUCAACAACUAUAUGAGUUUCUUCACUCCAGGGGACCCAAAGACACUCUUUGAAUGCAAGUUUGAAUUUUUGAGAGUUGUCUGCAAUCAUGAACACUACAUUCCUUUGAAUUUGCCAAUGCCUUUUGGAAAGGGCAGGAUCCAGAGAUAUCAAGACCUGCAGCUUGACUACACUCUUACGGAUGAGUUCUGCAAGAAUCAUUUCUUGGUGGGUCUCCUCCUGAGGGAGGUGGGAAAUGCACUGCAGGAAUUCAGGGAGAUCCGACAGAUUGCAAUUAGUGUGCUAAAGAACUUGAUGAUCAAACAUUCGUUUGAUGACCGCUAUUCAACAAGGAGUCAGCAGGCAAGAAUAGCCACCCUCUAUCUCCCAUUGUUUGGCCUUCUUAUAGAAAAUGUACAGCGGAUAAAUGUGAAGGAUACAUCACCUUUUCCUGCUGUACAGAAUAAUUCUAAGGAUGAAACAAUUGUAAAUUUAUCAACUGGAAACCCUUUGGUAACACCUCAGAAACCAGGCAACACAUUGGAUAACAGCCUUCAUAAAGACCUUUUUGGUGUAAUAUCUGGGACUGCCUCUCCACAUACCUCAUCCACUCCCAACAUAAACAGUGUGAGAAAUGCAGACUCCAGAGGAUCUCUCAUUAGCACUGAUUCAGGAAAUAGUCUUCCAGAAAGGAACAAUGACAAAAGCAGUUCUCUAGACAAGAAUCAGCAUGGCGGCACUUUAGGAAACUCAUUAGUGCGUUGUGACAAAUUGGAGCAAGCAGAAAUUAGAAGUUUACUUAUGUGUUUCCUUCAUAUUUUGAAAAGCAUGUCUGAUGAUGCUUUGUUUACAUACUGGAACAAGGCCAACCCACCAGAGCUAAUGGAUUUUUUCACCAUCUCAGAAGUGUGCCUGCAUCAGUUCCAGUACAUGGGGAAACGAUAUAUAGCCAGGAACCAGGAGGGGUUGGGACCCAUAGUUCAUGAUCGAAAGUCUCAGACAUUACCUGUUUCCCGUAACAGAACAGGAAUGAUGCAUGCCAGAUUGCAGCAGCUGAGCAGCCUGGAUAACUCUCUCACUUUUAACCACAGUUAUGGCCAUUCCGAUGCCGAUAUUCUUCACCAAUCCUUACUUGAAGCAAACAUAGCUACUGAAGUAUGCCUUACAAUCCUGGACACCUUAUCACUGUUCACAAUGGCUUUUAAGAACCAGCUGAUUACGGAUCAUGGACACAAUCCAUUAAUGAAGAAGGUUUUCGAUGUGUACCUUUGCUUUCUUCAAAAGAACCAGUCUGAAGUUGCAUUAAAAAAUGUCUUCACUGCUUUAAGAUCUUUAAUAUAUAAGUUUCCCUCUACAUUUUAUGAAGGAAGAGCUGAUAUGUGCGCUGCUUUGUGUUAUGAAAUCCUCAAGUGCUGCAAUUCCAAACUGAGCUCUAUCCGGACAGAAUCGUCACAACUCCUCUACUUCUUAAUGAGAAAUAACUUUGAUUACACUGGAAAGAAAUCAUUUGUCAGAACACAUCUUCAGGUAAUAAUAUCAGUGAGUCAGCUGAUAGCGGACGUGGUUGGCAUAGGGGGCACGAGAUUCCAGCAGUCACUGUCUAUCAUUAAUAACUGUGCGAACAGUGAUCGACUUAUUAAGCACACAACAUUUUCCUCUGAUGUAAAGGAUCUUACAAAAAGGAUCCGUACAGUGUUAAUGGCCACAGCACAAAUGAAGGAGCAUGAGAAUGAUCCAGAGAUGUUAGUCGACCUGCAGUAUAGUUUAGCCAAGUCCUAUGCUAGCACACCUGAGCUCAGGAAAACCUGGCUGGACAGCAUGGCAAGAAUUCAUGUGAAGCACGGAGAUCUGUCAGAGGCUGCAAUGUGUUAUGUUCAUGUGGCUGCUCUUGUGGCGGAAUACCUUACAAGAAAAGGAAUGUUCAGACAAGGAUGUUCAACAUUCAGAGUGAUUACACCAAAUAUAGAUGAAGAAGCUUCUAUGAUGGAAGAUGUUGGAAUGCAGGAUGUACAUUUUAAUGAGGAGGUAUUGAUGGAGUUAUUGGAGCAGUGUGCAGAUGGACUGUGGAAAGCAGAGCGCUAUGAGCUAAUUGCAGACAUCUAUAAACUCAUCAUUCCCAUUUAUGAAAAACGCAGGGAUUUUGAGAGACUUGCUCAUUUGUAUGAUACAUUACAUCGGGCAUACAGCAAAGUCACUGAAGUGAUGCACACAGGCAGGAGGCUUCUGGGAACCUACUUUAGAGUGGCCUUUUUUGGACAAGGUUUCUUUGAAGAUGAAGAUGGAAAAGAAUACAUUUACAAGGAGCCAAAACUAACGCCUCUUUCCGAGAUUUCACAACGGCUGCUCAAACUCUACUCUGACAAGUUUGGUUCUGAAAAUGUGAAAAUGAUACAGGAUUCAGGCAAGGUGAAUCCUAAAGAUUUGGACUCUAAGUAUGCUUACAUUCAGGUGACUCACGUCACGCCUUAUUUUGAAGAUAAAGAACUGCAAGAAAGGAAAACAGAAUUUGAGAAAAGUCACAAUAUUCGUCGUUUUGUGUUUGAAAUGCCAUUUACCCUUUCUGGCAAAAGACAAGGUGGUGUGGAGGAGCAGUGGAAACGGCGCACUAUACUGACAGCAAUUCACUGUUUCCCUUAUGUGAAGAAGAGAAUUCCUGUCAUGUAUCAGCACCACACAGAUCUCAACCCUAUUGAGGUAGCCAUUGAUGAAAUGAGUAAGAAAGUGGCAGAACUCAGGCAACUUUGCUCCUCUUCUGAAGUAGAUAUGAUUAAGUUACAGUUAAAGCUGCAGGGCAGUGUCAGCGUACAGGUCAAUGCGGGUCCCCUGGCAUAUGCAAGAGCUUUCUUAGAUGACACAAUUACCAAAAAAUAUGCCGAUAACAAAAUAAAGCAAUUAAAGGAAGUGUUCAGACAAUUUGUUGAAGCGUGUGGUCAGGCUUUAUGUGUUAACGAGAGGCUUAUAAAGGAAAAUCAGUUUGAAUACCAAGAAGAAAUGAAAGCAAACUACAGAGAGAUGGUUAAAGAACUUUCUGAAAUAAUGCAUGAACAGAUUUGGUGUGGAGAAGAGAAGAUCAGUGUUAUGCAGAAUUCACUUCACAUUUUCAACGCCAUAAGUGGGACUCCUACAAGCACAACAGUACAAGGAAUGACUAAUUCAUCCUCAGUAGUAUGAGCUUUUGUUUGACAAUUUCAAGCCAUUUUCAUUUCAUAAUCCACCUAAUCUUUUGUUAACUCAGGAUGGUUUCCAAAAAUCAGCCAUGCAAGGAUUGACUCUUCAACACUAGAGGCAAAGGUGGAGCCAACCAUGAAUUAAUGUGAAAGAAGUAUCUGAGACAAGAGAUACAUCCUUUAAGUAUGUUUGGCAAUACUGACAUUUUGAUCAAUAUUCUAAACAUAUAGAUAUAUCUUAUUUUUAUGUUAGCUUGGAGAAGAACAACCUCUGAACAGCAGCCACACAAAAUAGCACAGUAGCACUACAAAAGUAUUUGUUAAGGAAUGUACAGUAUGAAUAUACUAAUUGUUACACUCCAGUUUACAUGUUAGCUUGGUAACCAAGCACAGCUUGCACGUCUUAAAAUGAUCAGGGCUAAUCAUUUUUCUUUGUUUCUUUUUUUAAUGAGUCCUGUUUUAUUUUUGUGUUAGAACGUUCUUUUGGGGGGGGGGGGGGGAUUAAAAAACAUAAAUAGGCUGUAGUGACCUCCAAAUUGAAGUUGAAAAUUCAGCGUUUUUGUUUUGUCAUUGAGCUUCCAACAUAUUUAGAAACACAUAAUCUAAAUUUUUGGCACUGCACACAUUUUAGUUGUUUCUGAUUCCAUCCAGGAGAGGUGUUUAUUGAGUAGUUGAAAUGUACAUAUUGUUAAUUGAUGCAGAUUUUACUUUCUGUAUAUAAAUGUGUUGCAUUUCUAUGCAUUUUUUAAUGUUCAUUGCUAGAAAUUUUAUUGUGAAAAAUGUGCUUAUUCAUUCUACCUGCUAUAUAUAUUUUUGUCUUUACAGUUUAUUCUUGUACAUAAAUGAGUGCAAUACAAAGAUGUAUACAAUCUUUGCUAUAUUAGGUUUAUACACUGUUAAAAAAACAAACCAACAAAAAAAGCUUUUUUUUUUUUUUCUUUCUUUUUUUUUCUUUUUUUUUUCUUUCUUUUUGCCAAAGCAAAGAGUAUGUAUUGGUGGUUAUGAUUACUGUGGUAAAUGGUGGUGUUAUUUAAAGCUUUGAUCAUAUUGUUCUUUGAAAAUAUUAAUUUAGUAAUUUUAUAUUGGGGGGUGAAUAAAGGUUUUUAAUUUUAUUUAACUGGAAACACUGUCCUGCUGUAAUUAAUAUUCUGUAUUCAUAUGUAUUAAAAGAAAACGCUAAUUUUUU